AUGAAGUUAACUUGGAACUACUUCAGGUCCCGUGAAGAGGAAAAACCUUGGGUUCCUACGGUUUGGUUUAAGAAUGCUGUUCCAAAACAUGCUUUCACCUUUUGGAUUGCUAAUCUUGAUAGGCUUCCUGUUAAAUCAAGGCUCCAUGAUUGGGGAAUGCAAAUCUCUCCUCUUUGUGGAGUUUGUAACACUGAUGUGGAAUCCAGAGAUCCCUCCUUCUUCACUGCAACUUUGCAGAGGAGAUUUGGUAUUCUAUGA